AUGUUUUCGAAACUAAUUUUUCUAUUGAUUGUUCCUGCAGUUUUUGGAAUUAAUCUACAAGUUUCAUAUCAGCAAGGACCAUGUCAAUCAGCUAAUGUUUCAACUAUGCCGUUCUUUGAAAUGGACCGUUUCCUAGGAGAGUGGGUUGAACAUUAUCGAAGUCUCCUACUUGACGAUCAAGACGAUUGCGGGAAAAAUUAUUAUUCGGCCUUCAAUGGAACUUUUUACAACCUCACGGAAACUAAGACAAAUAUUGCUACUGGAAGAAAUACCAGUUCGGCAUUUUCUGUGCGACUCGCGGAACCGCUCUCAAAUCCUGUGUACGGGAAAUUAUUAGUAAAUAACGAGUACGGAAUGUACUACGUCCCGCUUACAGAUUAUACAAGAUACGCAUUUGUUCAAGCAUGUGAAGCAGUCAACUCAACUCAUUACGUUCUACAUUUGUGGUUACUUGGCCGGCCAGGAGCGAACAUUAAUAUAAAUGAAUUCUUUAUAGGAGGAACUGACCUAUUGAGACCAACCAUUCAAGACGAUAGAUGCAUUGGUAUAUUUCCAAAUACAAAUACAACAACUGUAUCUCCAACUACACCAGAUGGUGCAUCCGCGAUCAUGGUUCCAAGUGUCCUAGCACUUCUUAUUUUGAAGGCUUUUCAAAUGUUUGUUUGA